AUGUCAUCUCUUUCUCUAUCGCUUUCUCGAUCGCUUUCACGCUCACACUCCCAAUCAUCUCAUACUCGCGCUAGCGGGGCCUCGAUAACCAGGAAAGAAGCCUACCACCUCUGCCAUACACCUACUCUCUCAAUCCCCGGAGGAAGAGUAGUCGCCAACCCACACUACAUCGGUCCAGCACCUGCGCCUACACCUACGCCCUACGUAGUUGCAAAUAAAUGGACAUCCACCUCGAAGGAGUAUCAGAGGACAGGGGUUAGACCUAGACCUGCCAAACUGGAUAGGGAAGCUGGUCUGUCGACGAAGUCAUUUGUGCCCAUCGUCUCUGUUGAUUUUGACAACAAGGACGCGAAAGUAGAGAACGACAAGGGUAUGAAAACACCUAAAGAGAGGAAACUCAACAAGAACGUUCGGUUCUCUGAUACUAUCCUUGUAAAUAAAUUCGAUUUGGAGGAUGAAGAUUCGGAUGAGGACAUUUAUUCUGCUUUGUGUACCAAGAUUCAACGGGAGAGGGAGAGGGAAGAAGCGGAUUUGACGACGAGGGUUUGGUGGAAGGGGAAAGCUGGGGUGAAAGGGGUGAAGAAGACGUUGAAGGUUUUUUGGAAUGUCAUUUAUUAG